GGUGGGAUGGUGCAGCCGCUAUUGUUGUUCAUUGGUCUGGUGAUUCCAUGGGGUGGGACUUGGCUGGGCCUAAACUCUAUCCGCUGUCUCGGGACGGUUUCAGGGCGAAGCUGUCAUGCGUUCCGGGGGCCGCGGGCGGCCCCGGCUACGGCUUGGGGAACGCAGCCUCUUGGAGCCACCCUCACCGCCCAAGCGCCGCCUGCUACCGCGGGCGCACCUUUUGCCCGUGCUACUGCUGGCGCUGGCGGUGGCCUCGGUGUUCUACACCAUUUGGAGCGGCUGGCACCGCCAGACUGAGGAGCUGCCGGUGGGCCGGGAGCUGCGGGGCCCGUUGAUCGGAAGCCUCCCCGAAGCCCGGCUGCGGAGGGUGGUGGGGCAACUGGACCCGCACCGCCUCUGGAACACUUAUCUGCGCCCCCUGCUGGUUGUGCGGACCCCGGGCAGCCCGGGCAAUCUCCAAGUCAGAAAGUUCCUAGAGGCCACACUGCGGACCCUGACGGCAGGCUGGCAUGUGGAACUGGACCCCUUCACGGCCUCAACACCCCUGGGGCCACUGGACUUUGGCAACGUGGUGGCCACACUGGACCCAGGGGCUGCCCGUCACCUUACCCUGGCAUGCCAUUAUGACUCCAAGCUCUUACCAUCUGGGUCGGCCCCCUUUGUGGGGGCCACGGAUUCGGCUGUGCCUUGUGCCCUGCUACUGGAGCUGGCCCAAGCCCUCGACCUAGAGCUGAGUAGAGCCAAGGAGCAGGCAGCCCCAGUCACCUUGCAGCUACUCUUCUUGGACGGUGAAGAGGCACUGAAGGAGUGGGGACCCAAGGAUUCCCUCUAUGGCUCCCGGCACCUGGCCCAGCUCAUGGAGUCUGCACCCCACAGCUCUGGCUUCACCAGGAUCCAGGCUAUUGAGCUCUUUAUGCUUCUUGAUCUCCUGGGAGCCCCCAACCCGACCUUCUACAGUCACUUCCCUCGCACGUCCCGCUGGUUCUAUCGGCUGAGGAGCAUUGAGAAGCGCCUGCACCGUUUGAACCUACUGCAGUCUCAUCCUUGGGAAGUGAUGUAUUUCCAGUCUGGGGAGCCCCCUGGCUCUGUGGAAGAUGACCACAUCCCCUUCCUCCGCCGAGGGGUCCCAGUGCUCCACCUCAUCUCCACGCCCUUCCCCUCCGUCUGGCACACGUCUGAUGACUCUGAGGCCAACCUGCACCCACCCACGGUACACAACCUGAGCCGCAUCCUCGCUGUGUUCCUGGCUGAGUACCUGGGGCUCUAGCGCCCCCUGCUGACUCUGAGGAAGAAGCGCCCAGCGGGGGACGUGGCUGGGGCCCUGCAGCCAAGGAGCUUGGGCCAGGCCGGCCUGGGGUGUGCUGGCUGGUCCUUGGUGACACCCUUGGCUCUGCUUGUGCUGUGACUGGAAGACCCUCUUUCUUUGACUCUCUCAAGCUGCCACUCUUCAAAGUCAUGGAAGAGACAGACCACUGUGGAGUGAGAGCCAAAGGAAUGAACUUGGCCCCUGCCCUGAGGGAAACACUUGGGCUGAAGGUUUACAGGGACCAAGUGCCAGUUCUCAGUUUUGAUUGGCCAACUGUGGACUGGCGUCUGGACCAGCAAUACCCCCAACCAAAUGAAUUCUCUGUGACUUAUGUUUUUGUGUUGGUUCCUUCUCCAAAAUGGCAGCCUUGCUACUGCACCAGUCCAAACCCAACUCCCACAAAGAUGCACCACACGGGGCCCACAGAGGGUGUGCUCAGAAGCAGGAACAGAGGAGAUGGAAGCCAAGACUUGGGAACUCCAGAUUCUGCCAGAUCCAAGUGGCAGUAAAUCGGUGCUUCUGCAAAACAUAUUCUGUGGAAACUAGCAUAAAUAGGUGUUGCAUGAACAAGGGGUUCGAAGCGGGGUGAGACAUUAAAUGAGUUUCUUCAUUGCACCAUGUGAAUUUUCAAAAGUAAGAGAGAAUGCAGUAUUCCCCAAAGUAUUUCACCAUGGAACCCCUUUAUUGGGAAGCACCUCACAGAACUAGGGUACCUCAAAAGAUACUUCGGCAAACGCUGGGUUUUGCUAGUUUGAGGGCACAUAUUGUAGGAACGGAUAAGACAUAUCUACAUUCACUGUAAACUAGUUAAAUAAUCCUUUUCCUUUCAGCUGUGGGUAUGCAAGUGAGAGCUGGUGUGUGUAACUGCCAACUCUAGUGAUGGCCCCAGGAAUUAUUUCUCUGCCCUAUCUGAUUUUCAGGCUCAACUGGGGUGCUUAUUUUAAAAAAUGCUCUCCCCAGGGUCCCACCCCAGAUCUACUCAGUCAGAACUUCAGAGAGGAGCCAGGACUCUGUAACAAGUCCCUGAGGAAGUCAGAUGAUUAGCAAACUUUAGGACACGCUGUCCUUAAGGAUGCAGGUUUGGUGCACUCAUAGCUGCUCAGCAAACCUACCCCAAAGCAACCCAUACAGUGGAGGAUGCCUAGAAAGGGAGUCCUGUGCUGGGUUCCAUACCUGCUGAUUUUGUGACUCUGAUGGAGAGCUGGUAGGCCGCAGGGAUGCCAGCCAGGAUGGAGGGUCAAAGAGUAAAGGUGCACAUUGGCCUUCCAAGCCAACUCAAGGCUGGAGAGGACUCAAGAGAACUCAUGGGCUGCAACUCAGGCUAUCAGAUGAGAGGAUAAUCAGGUCCUUGAUUCACGUUCUUCCACAGCAGCUGACAGUUAUGGGGCAUCAACUGUGUGCCAGGCCCUAUAAGCACUUCGCAGAUACCAACUCAUUUAGUCUCCCCCCAAAUCUGGAGGUAGGUACAAUUUCGGUUCUCAUUUUGCAAAUGAAGUGGCCAGAGCUGAGGAUUACCAACCAGUUAUUUACAGAGCCCCAAUUCUCACCCACAGCUCUGCUCCCAACCCCCAUCUCCUACCUCCCCUCCAAAAAUCACCUGUGCUGGACCUACAGAUUGUUGACAAAAAGUAGCUCCCCCUGAGGCUUUUAACUGGCCCCAAGUUAGAGCGGGGUUGGGAGUGGGGGCCGGGUACCAACAGCCUCCUAGAGAUGGAAUUAGCAGAAGUCGAGUUCACAAGGGCAACUGACAGACAUCAGCCAGGGUGGCAAGAGGGUCUCAAUCACAAGGAGAGUUCCUGUCUGUCCAUUCCUUGGCUGGCAGGCAUGGUGCAACCCCUUAAAAGUACAGCAUGUCCCCGUCAGCCUCACAGCCACCCCGUCAGCCUCACAGCCACCCAGAAGUAAGUGACACCAACACCUCUGUGUUGAGAGGGGAAGCAGUGUGUUCAGUUACAUCCCCAGCCCUUCAUACCUACCUGCAAGCCAUCUUGCUGAGUGUACUGCACACUAGGCACUGGGCCAGGGGCCUGGGCACAUUUUUCACUUGAAUUUGGGUUAAGGAUCAUGAACCCCAUUUUACAGAUGAGGCUGCAGACGCUUGGCAAGGGGAUGUCUUCCCCAGCUCCCAACCGUCCCCCAAACUUAGGCUGCUCCAGCUUCCUACUAUGAAGGGGCCACAAGGUGUAUUUGAUGAGUACAACUGUUGAGGACUGUAGGUGCAACGGCUCACGUAUCAGCCUUUUGAGGAAUUGUCAGUAUUCUCAUUUGUCAGAUCAAGAAACUGAGCUGCAGAGAAAUCAAUUACGGACGAUCACAGCUGGACACUUUCCCAGCAUGUCUAGAUUAUUUGUCUCUUUAUUUAUCUUGCCUAGGACUCGCUGGGCUCACUGGACUUUUACCUGGCUGGAAUUUGUAACCAUCGUGUCUUUGAAUAUUGUCAUUACACCAUUCUCUCUUCGGAUUCUAGAAUGCCAGUUCAAUGUGUUAGACUUCCUCUAUCCUCCAUAAACAUUCUUUUUUUUUUUCCUCUCUCUCUCUGUGCUACUUUCCAGACCCAGCUCUAGUUCAAUAAAUCUUUGUCUCU